AGCGGCGCUGAGUGCCGUCGUGCCACCGGGCAGCGAAGGGGAAGCGGCCGCUGCAUCGCCACGGCGUGCUUGCACGCGACAGGCAGCCCGGAGCCGAGCGCGCCCUGAAGCGCCGCGACCGGUGGUCAGCCCAGCCCAGCCCAGCUCGACAGACAACCAUGGUCGCCGGCAUCGUGGUCAUGGUCGGCGGCGGCCAGCAGCCCGCGGCCCAGCAGAACAUGAUGUUCGGCGGCGCCCAGCUCAAGCCGUUGAAAGCGUCGUCGUCCGCGCCGCUCGGGAAGGUGGGCAACCUGCCCGGCGGCAUGAGCGCUUCAUUAAAGUCGUUGAUGGAUUCGACACAAGUGCCUCGGAAAAGAGUCCGGCCGAAGCGACGGCGGAAGAUCUUGCCUUUGAUCCAGUAUAGAGCGCCGCCGCCCCAACCUCCCAGGCCGGCCGGCGGACCGCGACGAGGACCGCGACGGCAACGACCAGUUCAGGAGAGCGACGACCAGUCGACGGCGGACCCGUUUGCGUUCAGACAGUCGGAACCGCUCUCGAAACCGAAGCACGCCACGCAUUGGUCGGCCAUGUUACGAGGAGAACAAAAGUCCAUGGCCGAGCAGGUCACGCGCUUUCCUGAGCGAGACGAACCGGCCAUGUGGGCCGCGAAGGACGAGCAGCACGCGAUUGAGUGUCGGCAAAAAGCCUACGCCGAAGCGGCCGAAGCUAGAAGAGCUGAUGACGCCGUCAACGCGUACAAGCGCGACUUGGAACUGAGGCGGAGGCAGCGCGAACAGCAGCAGAAGAAGGAGGCCGAGGAGGAGAAGGCGAAGAAAGAAGCUGACGCUCGCGCGGCGGCCGCAAGAAAACGGGCCCUGCCGAAGAAAAGGCGGUUAAGACCGGAACUAUCACCGCUCAAGGCGGGCCAAGCAAAGACCGUGUCGAUCCAGGAGCCUCCUAAACAAGAAAAGAAAGUCGUGGACGUGAACGCGGAAGACGAGGGGGACCUUUGGGACGCCAUUCUUAAUGAUGACGCGCCGUCCGCACCACCAGUUGUCGUGGAGCAGAAGAAGGCCACGCACUACGGCCACAUCUCGCCCGAGAAGUCGCAGCAGAUGCAGCGGCCGAUGCGCGACGUGGUCGCGGAACAAAAAGCGCGCUGGAAGAAGAAGCGGGAGCAGGAGAAGCGCUUCCUGAAGCAGCAGGUCGCGAAGGCUCGUAGGGACCUCGAUAAGCGGGCCCACGUGCGGGUCGACGCGCGGCCAUUGCGCGGGAACAGCAAUCUCGUGAAGGCUCAUCAAGGUUCAUUAAUGCCCGGCUUCGACGCUUCGGGGAGUUUCAUCGAUAAGGAAGGCGCGUUGCCCCUUCGGGAAGAUGGUGUCAGGCCGAUGACGGGCAAGAAGAUUAGUCGAAGAUAUGGGGAAGACUGGCUCGCGGAGCACUUCAAGUCCUUGGUGGGUGGUGGUGGGGUCGUCGCUUUCACGCCCGGCGAGGACCAGGCUGACGAAGAGAUGGAGCCCCACGAAUCGCCUUCUAGGCCGUUCACGGCCUCGUUGUUGGCUAAUAGACCCUCAACGACGGCCUCAUCAAGACGCGGCGCGGCGAGCCCCGCCUCUGUCGAGGAGGAGGAGGCCUCGCCGCGCGCCCGGGCCCUCGAGGAGAGCGCGCGCAAGAACGCCGAGGCCGUCGCGGCGCUCCGCGAGGACACGGCGCGCCUCGCGAAGAAGAACGCCGAGGAGGAUACGAGAAGAGCGCGCUUCGAGGAGUUCAAGGCGACGGGGAGUCGGGACGCGCUGCGCGUCGAGACGGCUCCGGAGCCCGACGCGCUGGUGGUAUCCCAAGAGCCGGCCGAGGAGGCGGAGUCGAGCGCGAGCGGUGGCGCGCCGGUGGGCGACAAGACGCGAGCCGCGCUCGAAGCGCGCCUGCGAGAGAUCUUCGACCGCGUCGACACGUCUGGCGACGGCGAGAUCUCCGUCGUGGAAGCGGUAAAAGCGCUAAGAAAAGACGACGGCUUCGCCGAGGUGCUCGGAUUUGAUGAAGCUACAAGAGUGAGGCAGGAGGACGGCACCAAAGACCAACUAAUCCUGGCGCUCGGCGCGCUGGAUAGUGAUGGAGACAAGAACAUAAGCUGGGCGGAAUUUAGGAGGGUGGCGCUCGACGAUGAAACGCCGGCGACGCCCCAGAAGCAGAUCACAAACUUCGCCGUCGGUACGAGGAUCGAGGCGCGCUACGAGGCCGGCGACGAGUGGUACGCCGGUGUGAUCGAAGUGGCGCACGAGGACGGGUCCUACGACGUGUUAUACGACGACGGGGACCGCGAGGCGAAUGUUUCUGCCGACUUGGUGAAGCGCGAGGGCCCGGACUCGAAGCGGAAGACGCCGCCCGUCGCGGCGACGCCCGUCGUCGCGGCGCAGACGCCCGCGACGGCGGCCUCGGACGACUACGGCGACUCCUUCGACGACUUCGAGGAGCCGCCUAGCACCGCGAAGAAGUCGCCGAUGCCCGUCGUCGCCGAGGGUGGUGACGACGCGCGCCAGCUCGACUUCGAGCCCGAGUCCGCGCCGGAGCUCGCGCCGGAGCCCGAGGCCGACGAGCCGGCGCCGGUCGACCCGCUCUCGCCCGGCGCCGCGGCCUUCGAGAAGGAGAAGGAGAAGCUCGCCCAGCAAAAGGCCGAGAAGGCGGCCUUGUCGCCCUACAAGUCGCCGCCGCCCGAGAAGAAGGCGGAAAUGUUAGCGAAGGCCAAGGCCGAACGAGCCGCGAAGCAAGAGGCCGCGCGGAUCGAGUACGAGGCUCAACAAGAACGGGACCGCAUUGAGAGGGAACGGCGGGAAGAGGAGGAGCGCAUCGAACGGGAACGGCUCGCCGCCAUCAAGGCUGAGGAAGAUAGAAUAGCCGCCGAGCGGGCCGAGGCCGAGCGUCUUGAACGGGAGCGGCUAGCAGCUAUACGGGAGGAGGAGUUGCGGAUCGAGAAGGAGCGACGGGAGGCGGAGCGGAUAGCGCGGGAGAAGGCCGCCGCCGAGGAGGCCGAGCGGGAACGACGGAAGCGCGAGAUGGAGGCGCAGCUGGCCCGGGAGCGCGCGGAGAUGGAGGAGCGCAAUCGAAUACAAGCGGAACAGAUGGAUAAAGCAUUAGCGGCGCUCGCCGCGGCCGCGCCGGCGCCAGCAUCGCCGCCUCCUUCUGCCAAACUGGAGCCGCCGACGCCCGGCACCGACUACGGCGACGACGAAUUCGAGAACAGCGCGGCGACGCCGAAGUACGAGGAGUCCUUCGAGGCCGACGCGCCGGCGACGCCCGCUGUUGAUGCAAUUCCGGAGGAUAGUGUGGCGGCGCCGGCGCCUUUAUUGGCGCCGACGCCCGAGCACAGGCCGCCGCCACCAUCAAAGAUGGAGACGCCCUUCUCGCACGCUUCUACCGAAGGUUAUGGGGAGGACGACGACUUUGAAGAUGAGGACUUUGCGGACUUUGAGGACUAAUUUUUUGGGGGGC